UCCGCAGAACGAUUGCUGCACCGGGACGUCUGCACUUAGGGAGUCCUCGCCAACUCGCCCCGCAUGCCAUUUUCCAAGCUCAGCGAGCAACAGCAAGCUUUUAUUGCCAAUCGCGCCAGAGUCUGGGAAGUAAGACGCUUCUGCCAAGUCUUACCAUCCGUCGCCAAAUACGUGCGGGGUGCGGACACUAGCUUUACAAGCAGGCCGUCAAAGCCAGAUGAGUGUCCGGAGAAUGAGCCAGACGGCGCGCUUGCUGCCCUACUACGAUGUCUGGUGCAUCGAACGGGCGCCGACUUAGCCAUGAUCAGCUUGUUGGAUGACCACACCCAGUAUUUUGUAUCAGGCGCCAGUCGGGCCAACUUCAACGACAUCAAGGUCACGCUUGACUCAACCAGAUGGUAUGGCUGCGAAUCAGUUUCCCAUCACGGGGGCUUAUGCGAGCGCACCAUCACAAUGCAGAACCUUCCUGAAAACAUGGCCUUGUAUGAGGAGCUCGACAUGGCUAAAGUAGACAGGACCAAAGAUCUGCCCUUUGUAACAGGUGAUAUUGCCAAGUUUCGAUACUAUGCGGGCAUCCCCUUGAAUCCAUACAGCGGCCCAAACAUUGGCACUGUAUUUCUCUUUUGCGAGACGCCGUCAGAGACGGGUCUCUCUGACGCGAAUCGUGCGUACAUGUUCGAAAUAGCCUCGCACAUUAUCAAACAUCUUGAACAAGCCGUCGAAGCAUUGGAGGGCAAGAGAGUGCUGCGAUUCAACAAAACUGUUGCUUCAUUGCUGGACGCUGAUUUGUCGUCAAGUAUCACUGCUGACGCCCUGAAUGAAGCCGCUUCAGGUAUUCAGGCUGAGCAGAGUGAGGCCAUGGUAUCCAAUCUGUAUACUGAAGCUACCUUGCGCCUCUACCAGCUGGCAGCAAGCCUGCUCAGUGACACUUUUGAAUUCGAUGGUGUCAGGAUUCAUGAAGUAGAUCAAUUUGGAAGUUACACCAACCACAAUCCAGAUUGGAAUGGAUCCAAGAUUCUAGCACAGCAUCUUGGGCCUAUGGAGCAGCCGCCUAUAGAUCCAUCACAAGCCUUGCUUGAGAGACUGCUGGACAUGUUUCCGCAAGGCUGUAUCAUUCAGAUGUUGGAAGGUCCAGACAGCAUUGUUGCCGCUACAAACGCGGGCAAAGUAGUGCUUGUGAUAGACCAGCUCAUCUCCACUGAACUACCUCAAAUUUUUCCAAACGCCAAGCAGAUAAUUGUAAUGCCCUUGUGGGACACACAUCGCGAGCGUAAUAUUGGGGCGGUACUAGGCUUUGCGAACGAUCAGUCCAGGGUGUACCUAGGAUCAACGGAUCUUUGGUCCAUCUCUGCGCUCUGCACAACGCUCAUGACACAGGUGCGCCGUCUCGAAGUGCAAGCCAUGGAUAAAAUCAAGUCUGAUUUUCUUGGCUCCAUGUCCCACGAAAUGCGGACGCCUCUGCACGGAAUCCUUUCUGCACUUGAACUUCUCUCCGACACGCCUUAUAACGCUGAUCAACGCGAUCUCCUCGAAACAGCUCGGUACAGCGGCAUUUCACUGCUCAACACGAUUGAGCAUGUAUUACAUUUCAGCAAGAUCAGCUCCACUGCGCGGGUUCUAGAUGAGACACGCUCGAAUGGGUCGAGUAUGUGGAGUCCGCAGCAAUCUAGCCCUAGAUAUACCCAGACGGCGGUUAUCCCCACCAAGAAGCACACAUCGAAGAUUAUCAACGUGUGCGAAGAAGCAUUUCAACAAGAGGCGCGAAGCCUCCGCCUCAAAGAUGCUAUGCAGUCUCAGUUUUCUAGCCCCAAUCAGCGCUUCUAUAGCCGCGUAAAGAACAAUGCCAUAAAAUUCAACUGUCAUACAGGGUGCGUCCGCGUGUCUCUGGACGUCGAUGGAACGUCCUGCACGCUUUGCUUUACCGAUGCGGGUAAAGGGAUUAACCCGGACUUUCUUCGCCAUUCCAUCUUUGAUGCGUUUUCGCAGGAAGAUCCUCUGGUUGAGGGAACAGGACUCGGGCUUUCUAUAGUCAAGCGAACAGUUACUGCGCUGGGCGGUCAACUUGAUGUCGACUCAAAGGAAACACGUGGCUCUACUUUUACGGUGAAGUUCCCUUCACAGCGGGUGGUUUUUGAUCCGAGUCACGUGCUGGAACUUGGAGGCAGCAGCCUACCUGAGCUCCAGCUAAGCGUGUUCGCGCCAAGCAGAUGGACAUCAGAAGGCGGAACGAGGGGCUAUCGGUGUACCGAAAUGCUUUUGGCGUCGCUUACCCGAAGUCUGAGUCGAUGGUUCCAGGUCACAGUAACACCUUGGGAGUCCUCCAGCACGGACUUGCGGCUGCUGAUUGUCUUAGAAGAAGACUUGGCCGACGCAAAACGAACGUAUGGGGAUGCAUUUGAUCACGCCCGAUGCAUUGUGCUUUGUCCGGACCUUCAGGCUUCCCCCACCCCGGGUAUAUCACCUUUGGAGGGCAUCACUGCUAUCAUUGGCCCGGUCACGCUGUCCAACCUCCAGGAUGCGUUGGCAUGUUUGUUUCCGGACUUGAUUACGGUUUCAGACCCCCACGAUGACGUUGAGCCAUUGCGCGGCUCGAUAGGAGAUUCAAUUGAAACAACGUUGGUUAGAGGAAGACAGAGAGAGGAGGAGAACAACAUAACGCCUGGAGAUGGAUUGUCCCAGGGGAUGUAUACGAUAAGGGAAGCACCUUAUCAGGGGAAUGAUACUAUAGAUGAAGUACCGUUGGAGGCAGUAUCAAAAACAGGCUCCACAGAGCCACUGGAUAUACUAACGGCUGAUGGAGCUGCGAAGUUACCCAUCAACCAUGUGGAUGGGAAUGCGCAGACAAAGGAGUUGGUAGUGCCAACGCCCCCAUUGCCGCCAGAACCCAAUCCGAGAGAGCCAAAGCUGCUACUGGUGGACGACAACCCGGUAAAUCUUAAAGUACUGGGAAUGUACGCACGAAAGUGCAGCAAGACGGCAGCAAAGUCUGUUGAUGGGGGGCAGAAAGCGAUUGACGCGUUCAAGGCCGCGUUCUUUGACGAGGACAACACUGCGCAGCAUUUUGACCUCAUCUUCCUCGACUUGUCCAUGCCCGAGGUUUCAGGAUUCGAUGUUGCGAGGCAGAUACGUGAGACUGAGGCCAAGUGGGAAAGUCGGUCUCGGGUUUACAUAUGUGCGCUUACGGGGCUGUCGAGCGACAAGGACCGGAACGCUGCUUAUGCAUCGGGCGUGGAUCAAUAUCUAGUCAAGCCAGCACGGCUGGAUGAUCUGCAGUGGGUUGUAGGGAGAUGGCGAGAUAUUGAGCUCCAGCAAUGCGCACGCCGUCGUAACCCAAAUACCGCCCCGCAACAAUACCCCGGAUCCCCACCACAAGCGGAGUCGACGUCUGAACCAGAACAGUUUGAACACGACACUCUGUUCGACAUGGCUGCGACUACGGAUUCUGCAUUUGUCGAGGAUGUCGAUAUCGAGCGUGAGCUCGAAGCCCGCGUGAGGGGUUCAAGCCAGUCGCAUAAGUCAGGGGCAACUUCGCCCGGCCCCAAUAGCGACAACGAAGACGCGCCCCUCCUACGCGCCUCUGGAGACGAUGACUAUGGAAGCGCCCACGGUGACGAGCGUAAUGAUAGCGAGGAAGAAUGGGAUGGAGACGCAGACUUUCGAGGCCUUCCCUGGUGGAAGCGACCUUCGAUUUACUGGCUCCUGCCCCCGUUCCUGCUCUUUACUAUAGCAUUCGGCGGUAUUAUCGUGCCUAAGAUCAACCUCAUCAUGGACCUAGUUUGUGAGGACUACUACGCUACACUACAGACCGAUCCGAUAUCCUCGCCCAUGGACCCAGGCCAAGACCGCUGUCAAAACGACGUUAUUUCAUCCCGCUCCUCGCUCUUCCUUUUAUACGCCAGCUUAUGCUCUGGUCUGCUAUCAGCGGUUAUCAGCCCAAAGAUUGGUGCCCUUUCUGACAGAUAUGGACGUAAGAAGUUUAUGAUUGCCAACACGUGCGGCACCCUCUUUGGCGAAAUCAUCACCAUCCUCGCUGCCAAGUUCCCGGAAACCGUACAUGUCAACUGGAUCCUUGUUGGAUAUUGUUUGGAAGGCAUAUCUGGAUCUUUCAUCGUGGGCAUGGCUUGCGCGCAUUCGUAUGCAUCCGACGUGGUUGCGCCUCAGAGGCGAAACGUAGCUUUCUCGUACUUCCAUGCAUGUCUGUUUGGUGGCAUUGCUAUCGGACCUGUUCUCGCUGGGUACAUCAUCAAUGCGCGGGAGAAGCUUGUGGGAAAGACAGAAGCUGUGCUUCUCAUCUUCUACAUGGCUCUGGGUGCGCAUUUGUUCUUUAUUGCUUUCCUUGCCUUUCUGGUCCCUGAGUCGCUGAGUAAAGCACGACAGGAGGCUGCUCGCGAGAAAUACCAGGAGGAGAUUGAAAGACAUGAACCAGCAGCCGACUGGAUCAACCAGCUACGUUCUGUCAACCUCUUCGGCCCACUCAAGAUCCUCUGGCCUACUGGUCCUGGCACUUCAUCUGCCGUGCGCUGGAACCUCGUUCUGCUUGCUGCCACAGAUACCAUCAUGUUCGGUGUCGCCAUGGGUGCCAUGAGCGUCGUGCUAGUCUACACCCGCCGCCAAUUCGACUGGCAUGAAUUCGAAUCCGGGCGCUUCACCACAAUCGUCAACAGCUGUCGCGUCUUCUCUCUCCUCGUCAUCCUACCCGUCCUCACCCGCAUUUUCCGCGGCAAAAACGGUGCUGCUCGCACCCGUAGCUCUGGCUCCGACCUCUUUGAUCUCUCCAUCAUCCGCGCUGCUAUCUUCUUUGAUAUGAUGGGAUAUCUCGGUUUCGCGCUUGUACGCAAGGGCGAGCUGUUUGCACUUUCUGGCGCUCUGGCUUCCAUCGGUGGUAUCGGAUCGCCGUCGCUGGGUGCGGCGUUGACGAAACAUGUGCCGCAAGAUCAAGUUGGUCAGUUGCUCGGUGCUACGGGCUUGCUUCACGCUGUUGCGCGUGUUAUGGGACCUACUAUUUUCAAUGGUAUAUACAGUGCGACGGUUGGGACGUAUAGGCAGACGGUGUUUGUGUCGCUUGCGGCUACGUUCGGGCUUGCGUUCUUGUGUAGUUGGUUUAUUCGACCACAUAUACAUAUCGGUGAGGAGAAGAGGCGCGAUGCGAGGACUGAAGAACCGGAGAUCUAGUCCUUUUCUUUGUCAAUGCGGUAUUCCUUCUUGCAGAGCACUUCUCUCUGGCACUUAGAACGUACCUGGACCCAUAUGUCCUCUUAUUCUUUUUUUUCCAUAUGCUAUCAAUAUUGCGGCUUCAUUUCAUAUUAGGAAAGAUAGCAUGGUAGAGUAAUCUCUAUCUUCGUUGUAGAUCUGGAUUCAUGUAUACUUUUUGGAAUAUUCCGGAGGCAUUUCGCUCAUCCUGGGGACUAAGAUUUCGGUACUGGAUAUACGUCUAAGGCUAGGUUGAACUAGAUUUCAUAUCAUCAAUUCAACAGGUGAUUGAAUAGGGCCCC